CAAGACAAUAUGGAGGUCAGAGCUCUGUGUAUAAGACUGUUGAUGAUUGUUGUGAUUCUGCUGGAUGGACAGGAUCAGAAAGUUGAUGCAGUUUCUCUGAGUAUCGCUCCAAACAGAUUGCAGUUCUUUGAAUAUGAAUCAGUAACAUUUUACUGUGAAGGAGUCGAUUAUUGUGAAAUUGUGCAUAAAUUCAAAGGGAAAUUACAAUCAUGUAUCAGAACUAAUAAGAGAACACCAACAGGAUCAUCCUGCACCAUUAAACAUGUUUAUACAGAUGACAGUGGAGAGUACUGGAGUGAGACUGAAGGAGGGAAGAGAAGCAACAUUAUCAACAUCUCUGUCACUGAUGGUUCUGUGAUCCUGGAGGUUCCUGCUCUUCCUGUGAUAGAGGGACAAACUGUGACUCUUCACUGCAGAAACAAAACCUCUUCCUCCAACUUCAUAGCUGAUUUCUAUAAAGAUGGACGUCACAUCCACAGAAGCUCCAAAGGAAACGUGAACAUCUACAGAGUCUUCAAGUCUGAUGAAGGACUUUACAAGUGCAGCAUCUCAGGAGCUGGAGAAUCACCAGAGAGCUGGCUGAAAGUCUCAAAAAACAGCACUCAUGAUGGUUCUGUGAUCCUGGAGGUUCCUGCUCUUCCUGUGAUGGAGGGACAAACUGUGACUCUUCACUGCAGAAACAAAACCUCUUCCUCCAACUUCACAGCUGAUUUCUAUAAAGAUGGACGUCACAUCCACAGAAGCUCCACAGGAAACAUGAACAUCUACAGAGUUUCCAAGUCUGAUGAAGGACUUUACAAGUGCAGCAUCUCAGGAGCUGGAGAAUCACCAGAGAGCUGGCUGAAAGUCACAGAUGAAGAUGGAUUGUCCUCUACAUGCAUUUACUAUGUCUUGGAAACUCAGCUGGAAGGAGCAGAAGCAGGAACCAUCAAAAAGAUGUCUUCAGCCGGUAUCUAUCAGCCUAUAGCAGAGGAUCCCUUCUAUUCUGCAGUACAGUAG